AUGGGUUCUUCAAAUGAAGCUCGAGGAGGACUAGUCGAUCGAUCCUCUGGACAUGUAGAUGAUAUAUUCAUUGAUUGGUUCCCUCUCUGUGUUAAGGAGUUAAUGGCUGGUGGUGCAGCAGGUGCAAUUGCAAAGACUGCUGUUGCGCCCCUUGAAAGGACUAAAAUACUUUUGCAGGCAAGAACAGAAGGUUUUUAUUCAAUUGGGGUGUACCAAUCGAUGAAGAAAAUACUGAAUCAUGAAGGCAUUCGAGGGCUCUAUAAGGGAAAUACAGCCACUAUCAUCCGUAUAGUCCCCUAUUCAGCAUUACAUUACACAACAUAUGAGCAUUACAGGAGUUGGAUUCUGCAGAACUAUCCUACAUUUGGGACAGGGCCUUUAAUCGAUCUUGUAGCUGGGGCUGCAUCUGGAGGAACUGCAAUUUUAUGCACGUAUCCCUUGGAUUUGGCUCGAACAAAGCUUGCGUACCAGGUGGUAGAUAGGAAGCAAAUUUUCACAAAUGGUUUCAGAUCAUGUAUUCAUUCUCGUCCUGCAUAUGAUGGGUUACAAGAUGUCUUUAGGAAGGUCUACAAGGAAGGUGGCAUCCGCGCCUUCUAUCGAGGCAUAGGUCCAACGCUUGUUGGAAUUCUUCCUCCUUAUACUGGUUUGAAGUUCUACACGUACGAGUUGCUGAAGACUGAAGUUACUGAACAACGCCAAAACUCCAUAGGACUUUAUCUUACAUUUGGAGCUUUUGCCGGGGUAUUUGGAUCGACCUGCACAUAUCCAUUGGAAGUAGUUAGGAGACGAAUGCAGGUUGAUUAUCUACAACAGGGCGAGGCAAGGUACAGCAGCACCAUACAGGGGCUUACUUCCAUUAUCCGUAAUCAAGGAUGGAGACAAUUGUAUGCUGGUUUGAGCUUAAAUUAUAUGAAGGUAAUUUCGUGGAACUCUUUUGCCACUGCCUGA